UAGCUGGCCAGCUGAAAUGUGAGGGGUCACAAUGGGAGGAUAAAUAUAAGGGCCAGCAGGCUGGAGGGGCGUCGCAGACGAAGGCCAGCACUUCUCCCUCCUUGUCUCUUCUCUCAGCGCUCCUCCUGAACUCUAAAGUGUCAGGAUGCCUCACGCAUACCCCUUCCUCACUCCUGAGCAGAAGAAGGAGCUCAACGAUAUUGCUCAAAGGAUUGUUGCUACCGGCAAGGGAAUCCUAGCCGCAGAUGAGUCCACUGGCAGCGUGGCCAAGCGUUUCCAGAGCAUCAAUGCUGAGAACACUGAGGAGAACAGGAGGCUGUACAGGCAGCUUCUCUUCACCGCCGAUGACUCCGUCGUCCCAUGCAUCGGCGGCGUGAUCCUCUUCCACGAGACCAUGUACCAGAAGACCGACGAUGGCAAGCUCUUCACCCAGUACCUCAAGGAGAGGGGCAUGGUUGUGGGCAUCAAGGUUGACAAGGGUGUUGUCCCCCUGGCCGGAACCAACGGCGAGACAACCACCCAGGGUCUCGACGGACUGUACGAGCGCUGCGCCCAGUACAAGAAGGACGGCGCCGACUUUGCCAAGUGGCGCUGCGUGCUGAAGAUCACCCCCACCACUCCCUCCAGGCUGGCCAUCAUCGAGAACGCCAACGUCCUGGCCCGCUAUGCCAGCAUCUGCCAGAUGCACGGCAUCGUCCCCAUCGUCGAGCCCGAGAUUCUGCCCGACGGUGACCACGACCUGAAGCGCUGCCAGUACGUCACCGAGAAGGUUCUGGCGGCCGUCUACAAGGCCCUGUCCGACCACCACGUCUACCUGGAGGGCACCCUGCUCAAGCCCAACAUGGUUACCGCCGGACACUCCUGCUCGCACAAGUACAGCAACCAGGAGAUCGCCAUGGCAACGGUUACGGCCCUGCGCCGCACCGUGCCCCCUGCCGUCCCCGGCAUCACCUUCCUGUCUGGAGGCCAGAGUGAGGAGGAGGCCUCUGUCAACCUGAACGCCAUUAACCAGUGCCCUCUGCACAAGCCCUGGGCCCUGACCUUUUCAUACGGCCGCGCCCUGCAGGCCUCAGCCCUCAAAGCUUGGGGUGGCAAGAAGGAGAACGGCAAGGCGUGCCAGGAUGAGUUCGUCAAGAGAGCACUGGCCAACAGCCAGGCCUGCCAGGGCAAAUACGUCACCUCUGGAUCCAGCGCUGCUGGUGGGGAGUCUCUUUUCGUGGCUAACCACGCUUAUUAAGCACGGACGCUCACCGUUUAACCCCUCACACGCCGCCUGCGAGACUUCGCUACUGAACCGCAGCAUCUUGGCAGAACGUGACAGAUUUAAGCCUCUCCGUCAGGUUGCCGGUGUAGCUGGAAAUUCUGAAAAAGAUGUUUGGCCUCCAUUCCCUUACAUUUUAUUUUAAACACCUUUUUCAGGUAACGCUUCCCUCAAUGUUUUUACAAAACCUAGACUGUUCUUUCCUUAGUUUGAUUCCAACAAAUGCAAUAUAUCAUUUCUAACACUACCAUGGAAUAAAACUAUUCACCCCAA